AUAGUUAAUGAUUACUCGAACUUGCUUCGCUUUGGCAGAUAAACAAUGGAACAGUUGGCUACUACUAAGACUGUGUUGGGGACGAACAGCUGUAGAAGAGUUCGUAAUCGGCAGCAUCUGCUUUAACCUUAAGAUACAUCACAGGGCAGCCUCUCCCCACUGGUUAUCCCAAGUGCCCGUGAUACGAGAACAGAGAAAGCAGAGGAGCAUCAAGAAAGCCAAGACCCACCAGGAACAAAGCUUUGCAUCAGAGCAAAAGGAGCCAAUUUGAGCUGUCUACAGAUUUAUAGCGAUGGGAAGAGAAAGAGAUGAGUCUUCUUCCUCCUCUGGGAUUCCGCCAUGGGGUUUGCUAGUGUUGCUCGCCAUCUUCAUUCUUCUCUUCCUGCCUUCCUUCCUCUCUGCCUCGUUUCGUGGCUUCCGACCGACGGCCAUCAAGAGCGGUUGGGAUACCGUCAACUUCGUCCUCGUCCUCUUCGCCAUCCUGUGCGGCGUCCUCGGCCGCUGGAAUGCCGGUGAUGAUGCCGACAGUACCCCCUCUGCCUCCUCCCCUAACCAGUGGUUCACCAACCAAGCGGCCCAGGUGAGCUACCCUGAUCCCGCUGCGGCGGACCAUGCGGCGGGGAUUCGUCGGAUGAGGAACAGCAGCUCCUACCCGGACCUGAGGCAGGAGGCGGCGUGGGGCGGCCCCUCGGUCGCUGAAGGGUGGCGGUGCUACGAUGACAUCCAGCUUUAUCGUCGGAAGCCGGACUCGCGCGGUUGGGAAAGGCAUAGCUUCCGGGAGCAGGAGGCCAAGACCAUUCCGGUGGAUACGUUUGUUAUCCGGCGGAGCCCUUCGCCGGGAUUGAGAUCUCCGCCGAGUCCGCCGCCGCUGGCUGCGGCACAGCGGCUGCCGAGGAGGAGGAGCAUGCACAAGCUUCCGGAGAGUGUGGCAGAAAAAGAUGCGAUCUUUGAAUCCGGAAAGCCCCAGCCGCAGUCUCCGCCGCCGACAGCGCAAACGCGGCAUCGGCUUCGGAGAGGCAGGAGCCUCGAGAAGCUUCCGGCGAGGGAGGUGGAGCGAGACACGAACCAUGAAACGCGGCAUCGGAGAAGGAGGUCCCUCGAGGAUCUUCCGAAUUGGGAGGUGGAGCAAGAUUGGAGCUUGGGACCACAGAGGUCCAACCGGCCACCUCGGGCGCCUCCACCACCCCCGCCACCGCUGCCGCCUCCACCUUCUCACGAGAAGAAUAGCCAUAAAAAGAAGAACGGAGGAGGAGCAAAGGACAUCGCCGCCGCUAUCGCUUCAUUCUACCAGAAGAAGAAGAAGAAAGGGAGCAAGACAAAGAGGAACCAUAGCGACAUUUCGCUUUACUUCGAGACUUCCUCUUCUCCGCCACCUCCGCCGCCGCCGCCGCCACCUCCGUCUUCUUCUGUCUUUCACAGUCUUUUUUCUCACAAGAAAAGCAAGAACCGAAGGAUCCACUCCCUCUCGGCAUCUCCUCCGCCUCCUCCUCCUCCGCCACCACCACCCCUUUCUUCAACCCGACGUUCCAAGAAACAAACCUCUUCACCUCCCUCGCCACCACCUCCUCCACCAACCCGACGAUCCGAAAAGCAAGUGUUAUUGCCUCCCCCACCGCCUCCUCCUGCUCCACGGGGUAACCUCUACAAAAAGAAAGCAACAUGCAACCAUUCUGACUUCCCAUUCCCUCCUCCAUCUCCCUUAAAUCCACCACCGUCGCCACCGCCACCGCCGCCGGCUGCGGCAUCUGUUUCUCAAGAGGAGGUGGCAAAGAGCAAAAGCAAGAGAUUCGGAGGAGCCAACGCGACCGUCGGGGAAAGAGGAGCGGUGGAGGGGACGGCGGUGUUCUGCCCGAGCCCCGACGUCAACAACAAGGCGGACCUUUUCAUUGCCCGAUUCCGCGCGGGUCUGAAGCUCGAGAAGCUGAACUCCAUCCGGGAGAAGCACCAGCAGCAGGAGCAGCAACAGCAAGAAGAGGAGUUCAUGGUGAUCGGAAGCCUCUUCGAUGAUGAUGAUGAUGAUGAUUGCCUCAUCUCAAGCUAAGCGUCGGUGCCGCUCCGGCUGCCACCACCGGAAGGACCAAAAUCGAAUCUUUUACCAUCAAAAUCUUAUCUCAUUCUUUAACCUUUUUUUUUUGUCUGAUGGAUAUUAUUAUUACAAGAAUUCUUGGAUGUGAUUUAUUUUGUUUAUGGAGAAGCAAGCGAGAACAGUGGAAGCUCGAUCUGUGGGUUUCGUUCGAUUUGUAUGUAUUGGUAAACUAUAUAGUACAUUGUGAACGAAGAGUGAUCAAAAUAAAGAAAGAGUGAGAGAAAGAAAAGCCUGUGCCUGUGUUUUUGUUGGCGGGCUUCUGCACGCUUGAUUUGAUUCGAUUGUAUCGAAAAUAAAGUGUUUAGUUGUCACGA